CUGGAGCUGAGUCUUUACGGGACUCGAACUCGUGUUUCUGGUCAUAAGGUGGCCCCGGAGCCGCAGAUUGCAGACCUGUUGUUGUUCUUCUCCAGGGGUGUCUCUCUCUAUGACAACUUCCGGUUCCCCUACAGCCCCCACAGAUGUGCUCAUUCCCGGUAAACACAAAGCGACUUCGCAGCUAACGAAGGAUGGACAGAAACCGGAGCGGUAACGGGAGCGGUCAAGCCUGAGGAUGGAGAGUUAGCUUCAGACCCAGAGCCUGUCCUCUGACCUCUGACCCCUGACCCUACACACACCUGAGGUCUAUUAACCUCAUUAAUGAUCCAAUGGACAGCCUCAGCUUCUUGACGCUUAUGGUGGUUCUGCUGGGUUUAAUGGGCCGCUGCAUGUCUGGACCAACUCCUCGGCUGUCCUUCCUUACAGGGAGUUCUGGCAGACGCCUCACCUUCUUCAGUAGUCAUGAAGUCAGCAACACCACCACGCUGCUUCUCAGUGAAGAUGAAGAAACGCUGUACGUAGGAGCUUGCAAUGCUGUGUUUGCCCUGGAUGUUGGCAGCGAGGACGUCAUCACACUGAGGAAGAAGCUGGACUGGAGUCCCUCAGACAAAGACCUGGAACAGUGUUCUAUGAAGGGCAAGAAAAAAGCAGACUGCCAUAACUUUAUCCGUGUGCUUCAGUUCUUAAACUCCACCCACCUUUACACCUGUGGGACCUUCGCCUUCAGCCCACACUGCACCUACAUCCACUUGGACACAUUGAAGAUGGACCCCAGUACCGAAGAGGGCAGAGGUCGCUGCCCGUAUGACCCCUACCAGCGUAACACUGCCAUCGUCGUGGAUGGAGAACUUUACACAGCCACCAUGGCGGACUACAGGGGGAACCGACCCGUCAUCUCCAGACACCUCAGUGAGAGCAGCCGGGUGGACAUGAAGUUGGACGACGCUUUAGGGUGGCUGGAGGAUCCCACUUUUAUCAGCUCCAUCUUCAUCCCACAUGACGAGAAGAUCUACUUUUUCUUCAGAGAAGUGGGCCGAGAAUACAACUUCAUAGACAAGUUUAUUGUGUCCCGGGUCUCUCAGAUCUGCACGAGUGAUGUCGGAGGUCAGCGGACUCUGCAGAGACGAUGGACCACGUUUGCCAAAGCUCAGCUGUUGUGUCAGGCUGGCACUGAGCUGCCCUACAACGUCAUCCAGGAUAUUGUCAUCCUCCCACCAGCAGAGGGCGAUCCUGCAGAUGAAACUGUGUUUUACGGGAUCUUCACCUCCCAGUGGGCUGUGAACUCUGGACGCUCAGCAGUGUGUUCCUUCAGCCUGACAGACAUAAAAUCCGUCUUCUCCGGAAACUACAAGGUUCUAAAUCGGGAAACAUUACAGUGGAGCACCUGGGUCCAGGAGAAAAUCGCCAAUCCUGGAGAGUGUGGCCUGCACAACGCCUCAGAUAAUGUGCUGCGCUUUGUCAAAGAGAACUUCCUGGCAGAAGGCAGCGUUCGUCCCCAUGGGAGGCGUCUGACGAUGGAGACCUCCAGACACGCCUACAGCCGCCUGAAGGUUCAGAGGGUCCAGGCCGCCAACAGGAAACACUACACCGUCCUGUUUCUGCUUACAGAAGCAGGAUUCCUACACAAGGCGGUUCUGCUGCAGCCUGGGGUCCACAUCAUUGAGGAGGUUCAGGUGUUUGAGGCUACUCAGCUCAUCAAGAGCCUAGAACUCUCCAUCUCUAAGGGACAGCUAUAUAUUGGAACAUCUGAGGGUGUGCUGAGGGUUCCUACGUCCAACUGUUCCUACUACUGGACAUGUGCUCAGUGUGUUCUUUCCCGAGACCCGUUCUGUGGCUGGGACCCUGUCACUAGGAUCUGCACGGAGGUCACUGGAUCCCAAAGCACCCUGAUCCAGGACAUUGAUGGUGGAAAUGUUGAAGAUUCCUGCAACAGCCUUUCAUCAACACACAUAACCAGAUUUGGUCCAAGCAAACGGCCCUCGGCCUCGUGUCCAGCAGGUGAGCUGGUAUCUGUGUCUCUGAACGAGGUGGUCCGGCUCCACUGUCCAGCUGCGUCCCAGCUAUCCCAGCAGCUGUGGGAACGACCCAACAGCCGGAUCUCCGCUGACCUGUACCUGCAGUUGGAGGAUGGGAGUCUGAGUUUCGUGGCCACCCCGACUACCCUGGGACACUACCUGUGCUUGUCCACAGAGAACCAUUACCGACAGACCAUGGCCAUCUACCAGGUGAAGCAGAAGAGCAGUACCGGGUCUCAGACACCACCCAGCUACACCAGAACUUGGGCCAGACCCACAACUCAGGCAUCAACCAGACCUGGAACACACACCUCUGGAACUAGGAACUGGCCAAAAGACACAGAAUCAAGACAGGUGGAGACAAAACCCUCGCUGUCCAUCAGGAACAGUCAUGUCACCACCCCUCAGCUCAGCAGGAACCGGACCCUGUGGACAGCAGGGUCGGGGCUGAGAGGAGCCAUGUUCCCUGAUGGGGAGCCCGUGCUGUCGGCCCCGUGUCCCAGAUUCCUGAAAGAGUUGGUAAUAGUUUCUGUUCUGCUGGUCAUCUGCCUUAGUCUGCUUGUCACGAUGACACUGUAUGCUGUCAGACAGCGAUGUCAGAGCAGGACCGCCCCCCAGACCAGAACGCUAACCAGAGACACUGACAGUCGGACCUCUGAGGACCAGGAGGCUCUGAGAGGAAACCAGAUUUUCAAUAAGCGCAGCUGUCAGGCGCAGAAUGGGGAUCGAGCUGCUGGACUCGUCUGUAACGGGUCACUUUUAGAAUAUAGACAGAAUCUACCCAACACCCCUCUCUGAGACACAAAGGCCACAAGGGCUUCUGGUACCAGUAGGUCAAGGCCCAAUGGACCAGGUUCUGUUUAAGGUCCAGACUCCUAGUACAGUGGUGUCUAAAGAUGGAGGACAGUCAUCUCCUGGUACUGAGUGAACCAUACGUGAAAUGUGAACGCUUUACAGGCAUUCCUGUGCCCUCGGUUCACCCACUAUUGUGCUCCGUUACAGAACAAUUGGACUGAGAGCAGGACCAACCCAGUUGGGCUUUAAAGAUCAUCAAUCAUCAGGAUCUUUUCACAUUUAGUGAAGUUGGGUGUAAAGGUCCUUGAAGAGCCACCAGAACUGGCUCUGGUUCCAGGAUAGACACGGCUGCGUUUUGUUGAUUAAAGUUCUCUGAGAUAAAUCGGUAUGAACCAGAAUCAGUACCAGUACAGCAAAGGGUCUGGACUAGUAACGAUGAUGUUCCAGUCCCAUCUGAUUUCAGAUGUUCUGUGUGGACCCAUCAGAACUGAAUGUUUACCUGCUUUUCAAUAAAAUGGCUUUCAGCUGUCUGGA